AUGGCCGCGGCGCAGCAGGCGGCGGCGACAGCGGCACCGCCCCCGCCACAGCAGGCGGCUGCCCUGCAGGCACAAGCAGCUUUGCCGGCAGCGGAGCAGCCGAUGCCCGGCAAGUGCCACUUCUUCCUGGAGAAAAAGCGACGCCACUGCAAGUUCGAUGCCGUUCCGGGGAAAGCAUACUGCGGCAACCACUUGUAUGAGGGAGAGGGGGUCGGGCCCAAGCGUGUGCCCUGCCCCUGGGACCCCAAAGGCGGCCACACGGUGCUGGAAAGCGAGCUGGAGAGGCACAAGAACAAGUGCCCGGGUUACCUGCAGAGGUUGGCGCAGCAGGAGCAGCCCUGCUUCGCAGAGGACAUCAAUGCCGGGCCGGGCCUCGAGGUGGAAUGGCCGGCAGGCCUGCAGCCGCUGCCAGCUCCGGCGCAGCUUACGCAGCACACCAGCGGCGCCGAUGCAGCUGCGGAUGCGGGGGCCACUGACGGCAGCAGUAUCAGGAAGCGGCAGCGGCGGCAGCGCCCCGCGCAGGGCGCUUCCCUCGUGCAGGCCGCAUAUGCGGCGGCCAUGGGCGAGCAGCGCUUCAUGCAGCUGCUGCAGCGCGUCGAGACGGCCUGCGAGCAGGUGUGCGAGGCCGAGCCGCUGUCGCUGGCUCUGCCGCCCGAGGCGGAGCCCUUUCUGGCCCCAGAGUCGGCGACCUGCAACCGCCCCUUCUCCCUCAAGCACGCGCAGCAGCAGGCGUCCAUCGUGGGCAACAUGAAGCAGCGGGGGCUGCUGGCUGGGGCCGCUGGGGUUGCCUAUGUCGAGUACGGCGCCGGCAAGGGGUACUUGAGCCACAUGCUGAGCCUGUGCUGCCCGGAGGCACGCAAGGUGGUGAUGAUGGAUGUGCGGGGGUUCAAGGAGAAGGCAGACAGGAGCAUGCGGCACCUGGACAUGCAGCGGCUGCGGUGCGACAUCAAGGACUUUGAUGUCGGCAAGGUGAGGGUUCCCGGCCUGGACAGCAACGGGCCGUGGGUGGCGCUGGGCAAGCACCUGUGCGGCGCAGCCACGGACUUCACGCUGCGCAGCUGCGCGCGGGAGCGGCAGAGGCAGGCAGGGCGGGAGGGGCAGCCGCAGGGCGGGGUGCGGGGCCUGGCGGUGGCCACCUGCUGCCACCACCGCUGCAGCUGGCGGCACUUUGUGGCGCAGGAUGUGAUGCUGCAGCUGGGGUUCAGCCCUCAGGAGUUUGAGGUCAUUGUUUGGAUGACAGGCUGGGCGCUGUGUGGCCACGAGGCUCCCGCCGGUUUUGGCGGCAGCGACUGCGAGGAGGCAGAUGAGGGGACGGCAGAGCAGCAGCACCACUCCGACGGGGAGCAGCAGCCCGGCAGCAGCGCGGCGACACAGUCGCAGGCAAGGCACAAACGGGGCCGGGACGGGGCAAGCGCGCCGCCCUCCCCUACUGCGCUGGGUGCAGCAGCAGCAGCAGCCGAGGGCACGCCAGCAGCAGGAGCGGCGGCAGAAGCGGCGGCAGCAGCAUGCGCGGCGGCCGCGGGCGAUGACUGGCGGCCGCAGCGUGCACUGACCCGCGAGCAGAAGAUUGCGGUGGGGCGGCGCUGCAAGCGGCUCAUCGACGCGGCACGCCUGCGCUGGCUGCGCCGCCAGGGCUUUGAGGCCAGCCUGGUCAAGUACGUGCCAUCAGAGGUGAGCGGCGAGAACCGGCUGCUGCUGGCCACCGCCGCGGCGGCAGCACAGUGA